GCCUGGGCCUCUCCAAGCCAGGCCCCCUCGGCUUACUUCCCUGCAGGCUCUCUCUGCCCAAGGACACUGUGACUUCCUUGUUACAUCAUACUCAUUGUAAGUCACAAUUGGGCUGAGAGCAGAGCCUGGCCAAGCUGCUAGGUUCUCGGGGCAGACGGCAAUCCAGGUGGCCCACCCGCACGGCCACAGGUGCACAAUGAAGUACCCUCUGGUGCCACUGGUGAAUGACCUCACCCUCUCGUUCCUGGUUUUCUGGCUCUGCUUGCCCGUGAGUUUGCUGCUGUUCUUGAUGAUCGUCUGGCUACACUUCUUGCUUAGUCAAGAUUCAAAGGAAAAUGAUUCAGAUUUAUGCUUCAACUGGGAGCCCUGGAGCAAAGGACCAGCUGAGUCAGGCUGUGAGGCGACACUCUGUGGCCAGGAGGACAGGCUCCACCGGUGAGCCUGCUGUACCAGGUGUCAUCUGGGCCCAAGUGGAUGGCGGGAAGAGAGCACUAGCGACCAAGGAGCCUUCCUGGGACCUCCAAUAGUCAGACCUGCCGAGCCUCUGGCCAAACCUUCCAUUCUCAACUCCAUCAUCACAGAGGACCUGGAAAUCUUCAGGGAGGAGCCAGGCCCAAGUGGCUUAUGGGGGAAAGCUGGCUAGCUCAACUCACAAGAGCUUCUAGGUACCUAUUAAAGAAAUGGGGGCGUUCUUGUGCCCUGACGGA